UCUUACCGUUAGUUUACCGUUAAUGUCAUUCUUUUUCCGUCAACGGUGGCCACCACCUUUGGGGGACCCAAAACAAUUAAUUAACCCCUUCCACACCAAAAUCCACAAAAAAUAACACCGUCGUUCACCCACACCCAUUUUUUCCCCCAAACCCAAACCUUCUCCGUCAGGCCACCGGCAAGUAACCGUGAGUAACCGGUAACAGUGACACCUCCGAUUCAGCUCAGUCAUGCACACCUUCUUCACUCGGAGUCCCACUUCACUCCCCCAGCUCAAUUUCCACCGUUGAUUUUAUCGCAACCCCGUAGAUCUGAUCUGAACCGUUCCCGGCAUCGCCGAUGUCGCUGGUCGCCGGUUCCACCUCUUCAAUCGGUGGGUUUAAAUUGUUGCUUGGGUUGUUAUCUUGCACGGUGUGGUUUGUGGUUGAGUAUGGUGAAUGUGGUAGAACCCUGCAACAGCAAACACCUUCUUUAUCUCCAGCUGCUCUUCCACCUGUGGUUGAUGGUGAUCUGCCACUACUGGCAAAUGCUUUUGGGUUGAAGCAUUUGCCUGCACCAAUCCCAUCACGUGCCAAUUUCACCAAAGGAAGAGUACAAUUAGAACCUCCGGGUUCUGCGUUUAAGAAUAUUGCCCCUGUGCAUCCCAUUGCCGAUGCAAUUCCUGCUCUCGCUCAACCACCACUGUCCCCUUUUGUUUCCGAUUGUUGCAGACAUGACAUGGUGUGGAAACGAGGCAGUGAGAUUUGCCAAUGUGCUUAUCCCAUAAAGCUAGACUUGCUUCUUUUGAAUGUCUCUCUAAACCCUGACUGGAAUGUUGUUUUUCUCGAUGAUUUGGCCACCCAACUUGAGCUGAACACUACCCAAAUUGAAAUUAUUAAAUUUUACCUACUGAGCUUGUCGACAUUGAAUAUAUCGAUGGAUAUCACUCCAAAUAAAGGGAUCAGUUUCUCCGCCAGUGAAGCCGCUAAAAUAAAUUCGUCGCUCUCAUUGCAUAAGGUUCAACUAGACAGCAGAUAUGUGGGCAACUACAGUGUCCUCAAUAUAACCUGGUUUAAAGCUCCACCUCCUUCUCAAGCUCCUACAAUUGCUACAUCACCUAAGAGAGCUCCUCACAGGAGAGCACCUCCAACCACAUUAUCGAGUACUUCUUCCAGGGGAAAGCAUUCAAACUUGCCUCUUAUUCUUGGAAUUGUGACUGGCGUACUCUUCAUUUCCAUUGUAUGUGUACUUACACUUUGCUUAUGUACGAUGAGGCCAAAAACAAAAACACCUGCCAUGGAAACUGAAAAGCCAAGGACUGAAAGCACAGUGCCAGCUGUUGGGUCUCUUCCCCAUCCAACCAGUACACGCUUUAUUGCUUAUGAAGAACUGAAAGAAGCUACCAAUAAUUUUGAAUUAGCAAGCGUACUCGGAGAAGGAGGUUUUGGUAGAGUUUUUAAAGGUGUCUUGAAUGAUGGAACUGCUGUUGCAAUUAAGAGGCUUACUAGUGGAGGGCAACAGGGUGACAAAGAAUUUUUGGUUGAGGUUGAGAUGCUUAGUCGGCUGCAUCAUCGUAACCUUGUAAAACUAGUGGGAUACUAUAGUAAUCGUGAGGCAUCACAAAAUCUACUUUGCUAUGAGCUUGUUCCGAAUGGAAGUUUAGAGGCCUGGCUUCAUGGUCCCCUGGGAAUAAAUUGCCCUUUGGAUUGGGACACUAGAAUGAAGAUUGCCCUUGAUGCUGCAAGAGGACUUGCAUACCUGCACGAAGAUUCACAGCCCUGUGUUAUACACAGAGAUUUCAAGGCAUCCAACAUAUUACUUGAGAACAACUUUCAUGCAAAAGUUGCAGAUUUUGGUCUAGCUAAACAGGCACCUGAAGGCAGGGCCAAUUAUUUAUCUACUCGAGUCAUGGGCACAUUUGGGUAUGUAGCUCCUGAGUAUGCUAUGACUGGACAUCUUCUUGUUAAAAGCGACGUUUAUAGUUAUGGGGUUGUCUUGCUGGAACUGUUGACUGGAAGGAAACCAGUGGAUAUGUCACAGCCAACUGGACAAGAGAACCUUGUUACUUGGGCAAGACCUAUUCUUAGAGACAAGGAUCGGUUGGAAGAACUUGCUGAUCCAAGGCUUGGGGGAAGGUAUCCAAAAGAAGAUUUUGUACGUGUUUGCACUAUUGCUGCAGCCUGUGUUGCUCCCGAAGCAAGCCAGCGACCUACAAUGGGUGAAGUGGUACAGUCACUUAAAAUGGUGCAGCGGAUCACAGAAAGUCAUGAUCCUGUGUUAGCCUCAUCCAUUACACGGCCCAACAUGAGACAGUCUUCUACCACGUAUGAGUCGGAUGGGACAUCUUCAAUGUUUUCUUCGGGUCCGUACUCUGGUCUAAGUGCCUUUGACCAUGACAACAUUUCAAGGACGGCUGUUUUCUCGGAAGAUCUUCACGAAGGACGAUGAAAAUGCUUGGAAGAACAAGCUA